GUCAGUUGGUCUGAGUUCUUCAAAUGACAAACUUCGUAGACCGGUUGGCCCUACGCUGAUCUGUAGGACUUUGAGGCGCUUUUUCGGAUAUUUCUUUUUAACCAUGGGAUUUGAGUUGGAUCGUUUUAAAGGGGCAGUGGACCCAGAUUUCAAAUGCAAUUUGUGUAAUAAAGUUUUGGAAGACCCGCUCACUACCCCGUGCGGGCACGUCUUUUGCGCUGGUUGCGUGCUGCCUUGGGUCGUGCAGCAAAGUAGUUGCCCAGUCAAAUGCCAACGGAUCUCAACGAAGGAGCUCAACCACGUUCUGCCUCUGAAAAACCUGAUUCUGAAGUUGGACAUUAAGUGCGACAAUCAUUCACGGGGCUGUGAAAAAAUCGUUAAGUUGCAACAUCUGGCCGAGCACGCGGAGAUGUGCGAUUAUUCCCCUGCCAAAUGUAGGAAUAAGGGAUGCAGUGAGGUGCUUAACCUGAAGGACAUGGAUUCUCAUAUGCGUGAAUCGUGUGAUUAUAGACCGGUCGGCAUGUGCGAGGAAGGAUGCGGAUUGAUGCUCACCCACAAAGAUCACAAAUUAGACAUCCAUUGCUGUUUGAAAUCCCUCAAAACCCACAACAGUGCAUUGCAGGGGAAAGUGGUAAGCCUGGACAAAGAGUUUAAAAAGCAAGCGCUAAGAUCAAGUAAAAGAGAAAAAUCACUUCUUGCUCAGCUGUCCGCCGUUCAUAACGAGUUGCAAAUGACAGCCCUGAAAUAUCAGAAGAAGUUUACCGAGUAUAGCGCUCGGAUUGACUCGCUGACCAAGACCCUCGCGCCUCCUUGCAAGGGUGGGGAGAGCAAAAGUGUCUCAGUUUUGCUCCACAGGGAGUCUGGGUCUUUGGGCUUUAAUAUCAUUGGAGGAAGACCAUGCAUGGACAAUGAAGAUGGGACCUCAAAUGAAGGAAUCUUCAUAUCAAAGAUUGUGGACAAUGGACCAGCAGAUAAAGAAGGGGGACUUCAGAUUCAUGACAGGAUAAUAGAGGUCAAUGGCAAAGACCUGUCCAAGGCAACUCAUGAGCAGGCGGUGGAGACCUUCCGUACAGCCAAAGAGCCCAUCAUGGUUCAGGUGUUACGCAGGGUUCCCAGACCCAAACCAGCAGGUCCUGACGGGGAUGCCCAGGUGGUGGACAUCAGCACCCAGACAGACAUCACCUUCCAGCACAUCCUGGCCCUCAGCCAGCUGCCAGCCUCCACUCCGCCAGUGCCUGUGCUGAAGCAAUACCUGCUACCUGAGGGGCACUCUCCUGGGCAUGAGUACUUUGAUCCGAAUGACUUUCUAGAGGGCAUACAGCAAGAUAUGGAAAGAGAGGAGCUUGAAUAUGAGGAGGUGGAUUUGUACAGGACCAAUAUCCAGGACAAGCUGGGCUUGACUGUGUGCUACAGGACCGACGAUGAAGAUGAAACCGGGAUUUACGUCAGCGAGAUUGAUCCAAACAGCAUUGCUGCGAGAGACGGCCGCAUCAGGGAGGGGGACCGGAUCAUCCAGAUCAAUGGUAUAGAGGUGCAGAAUCGGGAGGAGGCGGUGGCCCUGCUCACGAGUGAGGAGAACCAGAACGUUUGCCUGCUAGUGGCUCGACCUGAGAUACAGCUCGACGAGGGAUGGCUGGAUGAUGACAGGAACGAUUUCCUGGAUGACCUGCACAUGGACAUGCUGGAACAGCAGCACCAUCAGGCCAUGCAGUUCACAGCCAGCAUGCUCCAACAGAAGAAGCACGAGGAGGACGGCGUUACAACGGACACGGCCACGCUACACUCGCAGCGGCACGAGAAGGACAGCGGCGUGGGCCGUACAGACGAGAGCACGCGCAACGAUGAGAGCUCAGAGCAGGAGAACCUGGGCGACGACCAGACCAGCGCCUCCACCACACUGGGCAGCCGGCGCCGCUUGGCAUACAGCCAGGACACGCUGGGCAGCAGCGACCUGCCUUUCAGCAGCGAGUCCUUUGUCUCCGCCGACUACGGCGACGGCGAAUUUGUGGGCGAUUUCCCCGCCGACGAGUGCGAGCGUUUCCGCGAGCUGCUGGAGCUCAAGUGCCAGGUGAGGAGCGAGGGCGGGGGCGGGGCCCACCAGGGCCUGAGCUGGCCCGGCCUCAGCAUAGUCAGCAGGCAUGGGCCAGGCGUGGUGGGCGAGGAGGGCGUAGACAAGGAGCUGGAGCUGCUGAACGAGGAGCUGCGCUGCAUCGAGCUGGAGUGCCUGAGCAUCGUGCGGGCACACCGCAUGCAGCAGCAGCUCCGUGAGCAGUGCCGGGAGCAGCCGUGGAUGCUGCACAACGGAGCUUUCAGGAACUACAACACCAGCGUGGACGCGCGCCGCCAUGAGCUGGCGGACAUCAGCGAGCUGCCCGAGAAGUCGGACAAGGACAGCUCCAGCGCCUACAAUACAGGCGAGAGCUGCCGCAGCACGCCACUCACCCUCGAGCUCUCGCCCGACAACUCCCUGCGCCGGGCCAGCGAGGCACUGGCAGAAGGUGCCACGGGAGCCACCACGCCGGGCCUCGCCGGACGGAGCUUGAAGCCCCUGCUGUCACCUGUGCAGGAGGCCCCUGGCUCCUCACGGGGCCACCCGCCACGUGCCGACGAGCCCGACGCCGGGCCCCAGCCCGAGUCCAAGGAGCGCAAGUCUGCCCGCCUCGGCCCGCCCCACUCGCCCUACAAGCACGCCCACAUCCCAGCGCACGCCCAGCACUACCAAAGCUACAUGCAGCUGAUCCAGCAAAAGUCGGCCGUGGAAUACGCGCAGAGCCAGAUGAGCCUAGCUAGCAUGUGCCGGGACCCGUCCUCGCCCGCCGACCCGGCGCCCAAGAUGGAGUGGAAGGUGAAGAUCCGCAGCGACGGCACGCGUUACAUCACCAAGCGGCCCGUGCGCGACCGGCUGCUGAAGGAACGUGCCCUGCGCAUUCGCGAGGAGCGCAGCGGCGGCAUGACAACAGACGACGACGCCGCCAGCGAGCUGAAGAUGGGCCGCUACUGGAGCAAAGAGGAGCGCAAGCAGCACGCCGUGAGGGCUAAGGAGCAGCGGCAGCGGCGCGAGUUCAUGAAGCAGAGCCGCAUGGACUGCCUGCGGGAGCAGGGCGCCGCCUCCCCCACUGCUACUGCUGUCGCUGCUGAUGACAAGAAGGAGCUCAACAUCAUCGAACUGAGCCACAAAAAGAUGAUGAAAAAACGCAACAAGAAAAUCUUCGACAACUGGAUGACCAUUCAGGAGCUUCUCACGCACGGCACGCGCUCGCCAGACGGUGCGCGGGUGUACAACUCGUUGCUGUCGGUGACCACAGUGUGAGUGCACCCCUGGUGGGUGUGGCUGCUGUACAUAGGACACUACCGAUUGGGGUAGAGUAUCCUGCCUCGUUCAAUGUGGCAACCUUUGUAAAUAAGGACAUGGGAGUGCCUCGUCUGAAGGAACUUUUGCAUUUGGCAGUUGAGAGAAGGUACGAUUAGUGUCUUGGAGUUGAACUAGCAAGCGGUGUUUAGGAAAAUGACCCAAAUGGUUCAUACACUCCUUAUAGCUUUAUAGUUGCGCUUGCUUUUUUUUUUUUGAGUAACAUGUUAAAGGAACUGUUUCGUAAUAUUUAGGACUUGUGAAAGAUUUCUGAACAGUGCAAAGACCACUUGCCAUAAGUAAACAACCAUUGUUAUUUGUUCAUGUUUAUCAGUAUUUUACUCAUCAUGCAUACAUUUUAUUAAAACAUACAUUUUAUUAAAACUUAUUAAAAUUAAAACAAAGUAUUAAGCAUCAUGGUCAACACAGUACUUCAAGAAGACAUUUUUACUUUUACAAAACAACUUUCUUUUGCAGAGUUCAAAGAAAGGGUGCUGCUUUCAUGAAAGUUUUACUAUAAACAGCUAUUGUGUGUUUCAGCUGUUCAAUAGGUCAAGCUAACAGUGAGUUGUGUAUCUUCUGAGAGCAAGUUCUGAACUGUAAAUUUGUGGUGUUAAUAGGUACAUUCUGUGAUUUUUGGUGCUCUUUGCACUAUUAUUCGGAUAUAAUAAAUUAGAUGUUUGCGCUUCCCCUUGUAUUCCCAGACAAGAAAUACAAGACCCAGUAUCUUGAAGAAACAUGUUUUGAAGCUUCAGUUGUUUGUUUACAUAACAGCUGAGCUGACAGAUCCUUUAAAAUACAUUCAUAAUUUGUAUAUAUAUCUCAUGUAUACAAAAUGGCUUUAAAAAUCAGUCAUAAUUUAAAUUCCAAUGUAGUCAAAAAGCCUUUUGUAUAGGACACCACGUAUUAAAGCAAAAUAACACAGUUUAACAAAUCCUUAGUUAGCAACACAAUCUGAUGUCCUGUAAAAUGAGAGAAAUAAUAAAUUAUUGUUUUAUAUUUGA